GGUCCCGAGAGUCGGCGCUCGUUCCGCCGCGAGGGAGCGAUGCAGAUCUUCGUCAAGUGCACCGACGGUACGACGCGCACCCUCGACGUCGGCAAGCUCGACACGGUCGAGCACGUCAAGCGCACGCUCCAGGACAAGCUCGGCGUCGCGCUCGUCGACCAGCGCCUCAUCUUUGGCGGCAAGCAGCUCGACGACGGCCUCACGCUCGCCGACUACGCCAUCGGCAACGAGUCGACCCUGUACAUCGUCCUCCGCCUCCGGGGCGGCAGCCUUGACCCGUCGACGCGCGACUACGUCAGUGACUCGGAGGAGGAAGGAGGUCCUCCUGCGGGUCGAGUCGUCGCACCACACGCGGCCGCGUCCGGCACGUCCUCGGCUCUCGCCGACGACCAUCUCGUCCAGCAUGGGCUCGUGUCGGGCGACACCGACAAGCAGCUCGUCAACCCCGGCGCGUCGGGCCUCGACCCGGUCGACGACGACGUCUGCG